AUGGUGAUAUUCAGGUUCGUUGGACGCCUCUUCCAGAUAGCUUCUUCUAUAACGGAGAAGUUACCCUCAGAGGGUCGUGGCGGGCCUAGGCAGCCCUGGCUAGGCCUCACGAAUGAGGACCUAGACCCCCUCUUCAAUGUACUGAAGGGGGAGAGGGAGCUGGCCUCCCCCAGGGAACUGACCCCACAGGCAAAGACAGCAAUCGAAAAGGUACAGAAGGCCUUGUCAGAGAGAGCCAAGACCAUCACUAAGCCACAAGAGCUGAUAGCAAAGCUGAUUCGGAAGGCCAGGGUCAAGCCAUGGUCGAGCGUGCACACCAGACACUCGAACAGGGAUCCAGAAACUUGGGAAACCAAGGGUCCCUAUGAGCUCAUGACCUGGCGUCGUGGCUACGCGUGUGUAGCUACUCCCUCAGGCCCUCGGUGGAUUCCCCAGAAGUGGGUGAAACCUUUUGUCCCCAAGAAUCCAGCUAUCAAGGGUCUCACACCUUCUACCUCAGAAGUCAACCACAUAGAGUUGGCAAACCUGAGGAGAUAUGACUAUGCCGCCAACCGACCAUCAAAGGCCAAGGCCCAUCUAGAAUUAAGUCUGGCCAAGGAUAUAAAGGAUAACAAAAAGGGCUCUUUCAAAUACAUAAAUAACAAAAGGAAAGCAAAGGACAAUGUGGGUCCAUUAGUAAAUGGAGAGAGAACCCUGAUAACAGAGGAUGCAAAGAAGGCAGAGGUAUUGAAUGCCUUCUUUGCAUUGGCCUUCACUGAUAAGACCACCCCUAAGGGAUCUCUGACCCAGGAGACCAGGGUAAAGGAAUGUUGGAAGGAAGACCUUCCCUUGGUCAAGGAGGAUUGGGUCAGAGAACACCUAAACAAACUCAACAUCCACAAAUCCAUGGGCCUUGACAGAAUGCAUCCACUACUGCUGAGAGAGCUGACAGACAUCAUAGCUAGGCCUUUCACGAUCAUCUUUGAGAGGUCAUGGAGAUCAGGAGAGGUGCCUGAGGACUGGAAGAAAGCAAAUGUCACUCCAGUCUUCAAAAAGGGAAAGGAGGACCCAGGGAGCUACUGGACAGUCAGCCUCACCUCAAUCCCUGAUAAGGUGAUGGAGUGCCUUGUUCUGGAGGCUACUUCUAUCCACACGGAAGACAAGAAGAUGAUCAGGAGUAGUCAGCAUGGGUUCACUAAAGGUGAGUCAUGUUUGACCAACCUGAUUGCCUUCUAUGAAGAAACAACUACCUGGAUGGAUGAAGCAGUGGAUAUUGUCUACCUUGACUUCAUCAAGGCUUUCAACACUGUCUCUCAUGAAAUCCUCAUAGGCAAACUUAAGAAGUGUGUGUUGGAUGAGUGGACAGUGAGGUGGAUUGAGAACAGGCUGAGUGGCAGAUCCCAGAGGAUUGUAAUCAGUGGUACAGGGUCUAGUUGUAGGCCUGUCACUAGUGAUGUCCCCCAGGGUUCUAUACUGGGCCCAGUAUUGUUUAACUUGUUCAUCUAUGACUUUGAUGAGGGAAUAGAGCACCUCCUCAGCAAGUUCACUGAUGAUACAAAACUGAGAGGAGUGGCCAAUACCCCAGAGUGCUGUGCAGUCCUUCCAAAGGACCUUGAUAGGUUGGAGAGAUGGGCAGAGAAGAACUGUCUGAAAUUCAACAAGGGCAAAUGCAGGGUCCUGCACCUGUGGUAGAAUAACCCCAUGCACCAGUACAGCCUGGGGACUGACCAGCUGGAAAGCAGCUCUGCAGAGAAGGACGUAGGUGUCCUGGUGGACAACAAGCUGUUCAUGAGUCAGCAGUGUGCCUUUGUGGCCAAGAAGGACAAUGGAAUCCUGGGCUGCAUUAGGAAGAGCAUUGCCAGCAGGUCUAGGGGAAUGAUCCUGCCCCUCUACUCAGCCCCGGUGAGGGUACAUCUGGAGUAUUGUGUCCAGUUCUGGGCUCCUCAGUACAAGAGAGAUAUGGAGUUCCUGGACCGGGUCCAACGGAGGGCUACUAAGUGCAUCAAGGUCCUGAUCCUCCUGUUUGAAGUGGAAGUAUUCCUCCCCAAGGAGGUGUCGGAGGCAUCUCAGGACUUGUCCAGGCGAGGCCGCUGCCCCAGACUUGGGACACUGGCAGGCUGGGAGUCACCCCUGGUAGCUCCGCCACUGAGUCAGCCCACUCCUCAGCAGCAAACCCGCACGAUCCGUGCCCAGCACCACCGCCAGGCCGGCAAGCGCAUCCGGCAACCCCUCGCCCUCUGGGACCCUGGAACAACUAAGCCAGCUCCCAACCCCCAGUGGCACCCCAUGCAAACCAUGUCUUGCGCCGCCUCCACCAGGUCCCGGAGGAAACAAGACCCCUUGGAGGAACAAGGGGAUUUUCCCGGGCCACCCACAGCCUCUGCCGCCACCCAGUCUCUGAAAAAGGCAUCAAAAGGGCCUGCCCCACCCCAUCGCUCGGUUAGAGCAGUCCCGGGGCCAGCCGAUGUCAUCCAGGUCCCACCCCCACCCGCCCCUGAGGCCUGGACUGUGGAACGAAGGGCGGGACCUAUGGCAAGUGGGUCCAACGUCACCAUUCACCCCUCCCAGUGGUCCAUGCAGGCUCGAUCCAUGCCAGGGACGGUGCAUGUUGCCUGCACACCCCCAAGCCAACCCGCUGCAGUGGCGGCCAUGCCUCGCUGA